UGAAAAUGCCUUACGAUUGAGGCAUGAAGAUCUGAUAGUUACGGAAUACGGAUACCGGCCACCCGUGACCCGCCCCAAGCACAGACCAACUGCAAGCGGCCCACUGUCCUCGCGGCUGGAAAUCGCAAGGGGCCGACCAUGCGCUGCUGCCCAUCCUCCCUAAUAAAGUUCGCGGACGUCGUCGGCGCGACUCGAGAGCCUGCGCUACAGAAGAUCGUCGCAGUUAUCCGUCAUCUCGAGGCUCUCCCAAACACUGCAGAUUCAUUUCCGCGACGGCUUCGGCCACCACGUCUUUCACGAUGGAUCUGAACACCCUCAAGAGCACGGUGUCGAACCUGACGCUGUACGACAUAAAGGCUGGGGUGCGGAAGAUGCAAAAUGCCGUUAUGAACUACACCGAAAUGGAGGCAAAGGUGCGCGAAGCCACAAACAAUGAGCCAUGGGGAGCGUCGUCGACCCAGAUGCAGGAGAUUGCCGAUGGCACUUUCAACUACCAAACGCUGAACGAGAUCAUGCCCAUGAUCUACCGACGCUUCACGGAGAAGUCGGCAGAGGAAUGGCGACAAAUCUACAAGGCGCUGCAAUUACUCGAGUAUCUGAUCAAGCACGGCUCCGAGCGCGUCAUUGACGACGCCCGGUCACACAUUACACUCCUCAAGAUGCUGCGCCAGUUCCACUACAUCGACCAGAACGGCAAGGACCAAGGCGUGAAUGUCCGGCACCGUGCCAAGGAAUUGGCCGAGCUCCUCAGCGAUGUCGAGCGGAUCCGAGCAGAGCGCAAGAAGGCACGCGCCAACAAAGGGAAGUUCACUGCCAUGCAGGGCGGUGGAGGCUUCGGCAGUUCAAGCCGUUAUGGCGGGUUUGGCAGUGACUCAGCCUACGGCGGCGGUAGCAGUUCCACCUACGGCGGCUACUCCGGCGGGGUAUACGGCGAUGGAGGCGGUUUCGGUGGUCAAUCCGACGACUACCGUGGGACCCAGUCGCGAGGAGACAAGUUUGAGGAGUACGAUGAGUUCGACGAGGGAGAGCGCCCCGCUGCUUCGGCCAGUGCUUCGAGGGCGACGCGGGACACGGCUGAGCGGGCUGGAGUGAAGAAAAUGACGGAGCAGCUGAAGAAAAAGGAGCCUGAGGUGGACCUCUUUGACUUUGACGAACCUGCUGCUCCGAGCACAUCAGCUGCUUCGGCGCCUGCUGCUGCGAAAGGAUCCGGACUGGACUCACUCGCCGGUGGCGCUAAUGACGACGACGAGUUUGACGAUUUUCAGUCCGCAACCCCGGCUGCAGCGGCCCCUCAAGCUUCACUUCCACCACCCAUCGGGGGAACAGCGAGCAUUCUCCCGGUAGUGCAACCCAAACCCGUAUCUGCACCCCAGCAAGCGAACCUCAGCGGCAUGGUCGCAAUGUCAUCCAUCUCCCCGCCGCCAAGUUCCACCACCAGCCCGGCCAACAACUUCUCGGCCUUUUCCACGCCGCUCACUGCCAGCACGGUCUCCCCAGCGACCCAAGUCCCGAAGCCUGCCGGAUUCCAAGCGUCAGGGCCCAACUACUUCUCAUCUGUGCAAGCGGCAUCGGCUGCCCCACAGCCCGCCGCAUCUUCCGCACUGGGUGGGGCGAAGCCGGCCGCCAGUUCGGCAUCCGCCAAGCCAGCAACCGGCGGUGAUGCAUUCGGCGCCCUAUGGUCUCAGGCUAGCGUCGGCAUCAAAAAGAAGGACUCGACCGGCCCCGGUCCAACCAUCGGCCAGCUGGCCAAGGAAAAGAGCAGCGCGGGUAUCUGGGGCGCACCGGCGCCAUCGGCUACCAGCAAGCCUGCCGGUGAUACCAAGCCCCUCGGCAAUGGCCUGGACGACUUGCUCGGUUAGCUAGUCUCUGUCAUAGUGGAGCGGGCUACUUAGCUCAUGCGAUGUAGACAUGAUUCCUCUGCCCUCGAAAUCAUGGGCUCACCAGCACUAUGAUAGUGAGGUUGUUAGGCCGAUAUGGGCGGGGAUAGCACACUCUUUGGUUGCAGGUCAAGCUAUGAGAAGUUCAGGCGGCUAUGUAGGAGUAGAGGCGUAUAAAGGCGAGAAACACUAGCGCGGUUUUGUCUCCAUCAAACAUCAUUAACGUUGUGGUUGACGACUUCCAUGGUUGUUAUGCGGCGUGGUGACUGCAAACCACCUAAAGAAUGCGCCUCGCAGAUUCCCCCGUCAAGUCGGAUUUGCGACGUGCGAUUCAGUUACUCGACAAGCUGGCGACAUGAGGCCAAUCCAUUUGAACGCCUACAUGGUCCCUUUAGGCCUUCCUCUAGCGCAAUACACCAUCGUAACUGUGACG